AAUGACAUGUCAUUCAGCUUAUCUGCCCAUGAGACGUGGAAAUCAGAUCGCAAAACAUUAAUACAACGGGCCUUUCAAGCUUGCAUCCAGUGUGAAUCGUUCUGCGAUUAUCUCGGUGCUAUGAACGAUCUGACGCUAUGGUUUCUGAUGCUGACUAUCCUAUUCGCUACAUGGUGCUUUGGUGACGACUCAUACCAUGCGUUACGGCUUGUAGGUAGCAUGUCGUCAGUCUUUUUGCCCUGGGUUUCCAUAGAGGAGUCCAGCAUGAUCCUUCUAUGCUAUUCUAUAUGACUGAGAUUCGGAAAAGAGCGAUCGCUUGGGCCCAUGAUCACGACAAGGUGUGUGCCAGUUUCACAUCGCGACCUGUUCAUCUUAGUCGCCACUUCUGCGUAAUAGAAAUGCCCCUUGAUCUGCCAGACUCUGCGAUUACAGGCACACCCGAAAUGCUCCUCAAAUCUCACGAGAACUUAGAUGCAGAUGGCUGGAGUAAAGAUAAAACCAUACGUCCAGUUUCUGGACAGCGAGUACAACUAAUGCUGUGUAUGAUUCGUGAAGAGGCUCUAGAGCUGAAACUUAGACCUCCAGCGCCAGACCUCGAGGCAAAGGCAGGACGCAUCCUACGAAAAUUAAAGUCGACCUGGCAGUCAAUUCCGUCACAUAUGAAAUACGACUCAGCCCAACAGAGGGCAGGACAGAUCAAAACUGCCAUGAUCCUACAUAGUCUGCGGUUGGAAUAUCUGUGCACAGAGUUUCUUCUACACACUCUGCUUGCCAUUUCUAGCAAAAUCAGUCGCGAGAGGCUGCUCCUAACCGCGCACGAGAUUGUCAAUACUGUCCUCCUACCGAUACGGAAAAGGGACCUACUGCACAGUCAUAGAGCAGACAUGGAAUGGGCUGUAAGUGGCGUGAUUCCAGAAAUACCUGAACCAGCUCACGAAAUCCCGAUUCUGCCUCAGCCAAAGGGGCAGAAUCGCAACCGCGGGGUCAGGAUUAUGCAAGGCGACUUACCUGACCCUACUGGGCUACAGAAAAUGUGACCCCCGAGUCUAGUUGAGGUGUCUCCACUACUCGGGUAUGUCGUUAAACUUUCCCGUAUACAUCAAUUUUCUUUUCAUCGGUAUAUUUGACUGCUAUAAAUGCGGUAAAACAUGGCAUGCGUGUCUUGCUUCAUCACACAGGCUGCAAGAUGGGGGGUAAGAAAGAAGAAAAUGACGAAUUACUGCAAGGAAAAACUUGUCAAAUUGUCCUACGACCGGACUCUGCGUUGUGUAACUAGUCAGUUUUCAGCCGUGCUACAAGAACAGCUAACCGGUGGACUCGGAGCAAACAUGGAUCGUUCUUGUGGACACGGUUGUCGAUUAAUAAAC